AUGACCAUCGUUAUGGCUGGUCUAUCGACAUCGGAAAUAUGCGAAAACACGAAACUGGCCCGUGAAAUGGCAGUGAUGGGAAAUUACGAUUCGGCCGGUAUCUACUAUGAGGGUGUUUUGCAAAUGCUGCGCAAACUGCUGGUCGGUCUGAGUGAACCACUGCAAAAGGGCAAAUGGUUGAUGAUACAACAAGAAAUUAACAAAGAGUACAAUCAAAUGAAACUAAUUCAAAAGACGCUUACGGAAAUUACAAUGGAUCUGCAAAAUGCACCGCUACAAGCCCGCAUUCGCACACCCCUGCACGAAACGGCCAGCAAAGAUCCGGCAGCAUGGUUCCGGGCUGAUCCAGACAUCUGGAUGCCGCCGGUGUCCGGGCGCGGUGGUGUUGAUCCGGAUGUGUGGGCACCACCACCGGAUAUGCCACCGCCCGAUCAUCGCCGUGCCGUAGCACCCCGUAAUCAAUCACGCUCCAGUACGGCACUGAACCGGAAGUCGGAAGUGAAUCGCCGAAAUGCGGCCACUAAAUCGGCAUCCACAACUACCGUCGGAGGGCGCAAGACAAUCAGUCAGUCAGCACGUGCCACAACCGGUGGAACUUCGGGAAUGAACGGUGCAUCGCGUACCGGAACGCUGACGAGAACGAAGGGUGGUGCUGGCCAGCGAAGCUCGACAGUAGUGGCAGGUGGUGAUGCAACCAACGGCAAUGGAGAGAAGAGCGACAAGGAAAAGCUGGACGACGACGAAGGGAACGGUGGCGAUACUCCGGAGGAAGUGGAGCGCAAGUUCGAACCAGCCAGCCAUGUGGACGUCGAUCUAGUGGAUAUGCUCGAGCGUGACAUACUGCAAAAGAAUCCAAACAUUCACUGGGAUGACAUAGCGGAUCUGCAUGAAGCGAAACGGCUGCUGGAGGAAGCCGUCGUUCUACCGAUGUGGAUGCCGGACUACUUUAAGGGCAUCCGGAGACCCUGGAAAGGUGUGCUGAUGGUUGGUCCUCCCGGUACCGGCAAAACAAUGCUCGCUAAAGCCGUUGCCACCGAAUGUGGCACAACGUUCUUCAACGUGUCCUCGUCAACACUGACCUCCAAGUAUCGGGGUGAGUCUGAGAAGUUGGUGCGUCUCCUUUUCGAGAUGGCACGGUUUUACGCGCCUAGUACGAUCUUUAUCGAUGAAAUCGAUUCACUUUGUUCGCGCCGUGGUUCGGAGUCCGAGCAUGAAGCAUCCCGGCGGGUCAAAUCCGAGCUGCUGGUACAGAUGGACGGUGUCAGUAACGAUGAGGCAACCAAGAUUGUUAUGGUACUGGCUGCCACCAACUUCCCGUGGGACAUUGACGAGGCGUUGCGGAGACGUCUCGAAAAACGAAUCUACAUCCCGCUCCCGAACAGUGAAGGCCGCGAGGCACUGCUGAAGAUUAAUCUGCGCGAGGUGAAGGUCGACGAGUCGGUGGACAUGCGCGACAUUGCCGACCGGCUGGAUGGUUACUCGGGUGCGGACAUUACGAAUGUUUGCCGUGAUGCAUCGAUGAUGUCCAUGCGGCGCAAAAUUGCCGGCUUGCGGCCCGAACAGAUACGGCAACUCGCAAAGGAGGAACUCGAUCUGCCGGUAUCGAAGCAGGACUUCAAAGAGGCCAUCGCCAAGUGCAACAAGAGCGUAUCCAAAGACGAUCUAGCGAAGUAUCAGCAGUGGAUGAAGGAAUUCGGUUCCUCGUGA